GGCAACUCCAUCACAAAGUAAACGCCGUAUUAUCCAAAACAGUGAGGUGGGCGUGGCUUUAUCGUACUUCACCAGGCACGCACGAAAUUUGAUCUCAGAUCAGAAACAUUGCGCCAUCAGAUUCGUCAUCCGGAGUUUGUUAAAUUUUUAUUAGAUUUAAACCUGUGCUCUUUUCCAUCAGGAUUAUGGAUGAGAAAGACCAAGAUGUGGUUGUGAAUCUUCCCAGAAAUGACCGGCCUCCCAAAAUUCCACCAAGAGUGCAUCAGUGACUCAUCCGGUAUCACAAAAGAACCCAGCCAAACAUCUAUGGAACUGCAGACCUCGGUCAUCUCAGACAAGGACCCUUUGAUCCAAGCAUUCCUGAUGAGGGUCCUUCAGUGCUACCUGCAGGCUGGUUGGACAGUGUGACAGGCUAUGAAGACCAUAAAGGUGGAGAUUGCACAGAUCAGAUCUACCCUCCUCCACCUGAUUUUAUUCCUGAGCCUGAGAAUGACAGGAACGCCUCCAUCCCCAAUGUGAUGAUGCCUCAGGUGUCAGAAGAUGUGGCCAGGGAGGCUUUGAUCAAGUUUGUGGGGAAAAAAUGGACGUACAGCAGAAAACCCGCCCAGAACCUGGUCUUCAAGGAUUUGAGGCCUUUUACAGUGUAUCGUUAUCGCUUGGAAACAUUUACAGAGUCCAGAUCAAGUGCCUGGGAGCAUGAAAUAUAUACUGGUCAGUAUGUGGACGGGCCACAGUAUGGCAGCAUCCCUCCUCCGUGGCAGGUAGAAGUGCAAUAUCCACCCAAAUUCACUGACACGGUCCAGAAAGUGCGUGUGCCUCACACCUCGUCUGUAAAGUCUUGUCAUCAGUGCCAGGGGAAAGGACGUGUGCGCUGUAUACACUGUCAUAGCAGAGGAUGGAUCAGCUGUAUGUCCUGUCAUGGUGCAAUACACGGCCGGAACAGAAAAUGUGUUGGCUGCCAUGGAAGGGGAAGAAAAGUAUGUACAUGGUGCCAUGGUAGCGGUCAUAAAACAUGCCGAAAGUGUAAUGGCCGUAAAAAGCUUUUGCAUUUCAUUCAGCUCACUGUCACGUGGAAGAACCAAGUGUAUGAGUUCAUACCUGACCGGCUGCCUGAGUUCCCCAUAAAGAAGUUUGAGAAGGUGUCUGGGGAAGCAUUCUUUAUUGAUGAAAGUCUCCUGGUCUAUCCAAUUGUAGGCUUCCCUGACAAGGAAAUCUGCAACGCUUCUGAAGAAGCCAUCCACGAGCACCUGAAUAAAUACUCUGCUGUCAGUCGCAUCUUGCAACAGCGCGGGGCUGUCCAAUCUUAUACGCAAAGGGCCGGUGUGGGUGCAGGUUUUCAUUCUAACCAAGCAGAAGCCACACCUGAGUCUACUGAAAGCCAAGAUCAACUGAUUGAACAGGUGGCAUCAGCUGUGGCAGCGACAGUCAGUAGAGCUGGUGCCUCUUACUCAAGCCUUCUACUCCUACAAUGGAAAACACUACGACUAUUUCGUAUACGGGACUGAAAAGAAGGUUCAUACCAGUAAAUAUCCGACUUCCUGCACUGUCCUGUAGCAUCUCAUCUUACGAUUCUAUCAAUACAAUGUGAAAAAAUUAUGGUUAUUUUAUUAUUGUUAAAUACUGCUUGCUGAGCAGUGCAUUACAGAGAUUAUAAUAUAAUGCUUCUGAAGCUCCUUUGUUAUACAUCAGCAUAUUAUCCUACGCAGAAUAUGUGCCAGUGAUUUGUCAGUUACAAGGAUUCUUAUAAUUAACAUAUGAACGAAUAAUUAAACAUUUCUGAUUGUAUAGUGUAGGUCUAUAUUACACAAUAUGUAAGUCUUAAGGAUCUGUAUUUAUAAUCCGUAAAUCAGAAAUUCAGUCUUAUGCCAAGUUGGAUCACUUUAUAUACACACAGUAUACUUUUUUUUUUUCCAACUGUUAUCAAUUUUGAACAAUAUGUUCUAAAUAUUUAUAUACCCAUUUGUAACAGGGCUGUGAAUUGAAAUAAAUUGCACAUGUAUGAAAUUGAACUUUA